CGACUUCUUGGCUUCCCUCUCCUCCGCCUCCUCCCCCCCAGCCCCUCACCCCUGCAGGAAGCCCCCAGACCAAAGGAUGAGCAGCCUGAAGACAGAGACCAGUGUAACCCAGCCUUGCAACCCCGCCCUCACACCCACAGGAGGAGGAGGAGGAGGAGGGGGAGGUGGAGGAGGGGUGAUGGGUGUAGGCUGUGGCGCGGGGGAGGAGGGGGCUGUGGAGGACGGAUCGCUUGCCCAUGAUUCGCUGGCGUCGCUGCAGAUGCUGUGUCGGCGAAGGGCACCACCACUUUACCCUGACGGAAAACAGCAGCAGGGCACGGCGCUUCCACAGGCAGCGCGUCGGGAAGACAUUUCCUACAGGAGCUACAGAGCGGCCCUGCACGAGGCCCUGACUGACCAGAGGUCUGGUUCCUUUGAUGUGGGCGCGAGAGUCAAGGACGAGCCUUGGGAGAGCCACGAAUUCAACGGAGAAAGUUGCAGCUGGAGAUCAUCAUCAACAACAACAGCAACAGCAACAACAGACACGGAUGGAGGCAGUGGUGGGGGCGGCGGGGGCGGCGGAGGAGGAGGCGGAGGAGGCGGAGGCGGAGGAGGAAAUAAUAUCCCAUCUCCACACCACGAAACAGGAGGUGGGGCAGGAGGAGCAGGGGGACUAGCCCAACAAGGAGGAGGUGGAGGUAGUGGAGGCGGUGGAGGAGGUGGAGGAGGGGCGCCCUACCGUCGGGGGUCCCUGCAGCUGUGGCAGUUCCUGGUGGCACUACUGCAUGACCCUGCCAACGCCUCCUGCAUCGCCUGGACCGGCAGGGGCAUGGAAUUCAAGCUGAUCGAGCCCGAGGAGGUGGCGCGUCGCUGGGGGCUGCAGAAAAACCGUCCCGCCAUGAACUACGACAAGCUGAGCCGCUCACUGCGAUACUACUAUGAGAAGGGCAUCAUGCAGAAGGUGGCAGGCGAGCGCUACGUGUACAAGUUCGUCUGUGAUCCCGAGGCGCUGCUGACCCUGGGCUUCGGCGGAGGAGACGGGGGCCGUGGAGGGCGGGGGCAGGAAGUGGGGGGCGCAGCGGGGGGAGCGGGGGGCCAUUACGACAGGAGGGGCGGCCUAAAGGUGUUCCCCCACCACUACUAUCCGAGGGCGGCGGCGGCGGCCUCCUACGCAGCCGCCGCUGCCUGGUCAACGGGGUCGCCUGGGGCGGCCGCCGCUGCCCAGCACCUAUUGGCGCCGCACGUCACCUGGUCGUCGCCGCCUGCCGCCCAGUACGAUUUGGCCUCUUACUCCCAGUUCGCUAAGUUCGGUUACGACUACCUGCCUGAUCAUGUUACCUCCUCCCUCGCCAUGCAGAAGGAUGACCUCAAGAACAUGAAUGCUAACCUAGGCAUGGAGCGAGGGAUGGACGCUGGCUACUGUGACUACUCGCUCGCACACGUCGAGAAACCCAAGUUCGAUCCUCUUGUCCAGUCUGUCCGCACCGCGCCGACUAUGGUUGGGGCACACCAUCACCACCAUCACCAUCACCACCCUGGCGCCGCAGGGGUGGGUGUCGGGGUGGGGGUUGUGACACACGACUCCACGACAGGGCUCCCCACCCCCACAGGAGAGAUCGUCACCCCGCACGACCCCAUGACUCAGUUACAAGCGUGUGCUCGGUCUCACCACCUCCAUGCUUGUGUUAGAUAAGUUAGAGGUGUUAGUAUUGCAUCUGUGUGUGUGUGUGUGUGUGUGUGUGUGUGUGUGUGUGUGUGUGUUUUCUGUACUUUUUUUUCUCGUGGUCGUCGUCGUCGUCGUCAUCGUGCGCGUUGUUGUUGUUGUGGUUGUGGUGGCGGUGGUUGUGGUGGUGGUGGUUGUGGUUGUGGUGGCGGUGGUUGUGGUUGUGGUGGCGGCGGUUGUGGUUGUCUUGUUGGUUCAGGCCGCGUUGAUGGUUCUCCGCCUCGCCGCUUCAAUCCGUUUCGUUUUCAAGUAUUUAUGUUUUUUUCGUUUGACUUGUUUUUUCCCUAUUUUUUUAUCGCUUCGUUUUUUCAAUAUCCUGUCUUUAUUUUUAC